CCCCUUGACUCGCUGUGGGGCCAGGCCAGGGGCAAGAGCAGUGGGUCAUGUGAGGGGCCAGGGGAGAAGCGGGUUUAGUGACUGUGGGGCUAGCUGGGGAAGGGAGCAGCCAGUCACUCUGCCAGCUCUGUGUACAGCCCCCGGCCUCCGGCAGGAAGUUUUCAGGCUAGGCCACCAGGAAGCUGCCUGAGAACUGGGCUGAAGAUGGGGCGGCCGGUUCCCUGGGCUCUGGGUUUGCUUCUGUCACUGCUGAUCGGAGCCGAGGCAGGGCGCAACUUCCGGCUGCUGAGGCAGCAGGUGCUGCGGGCGCGUGAGGUGCAGGCCAUGAAGGAGACGGUCUCCCGCAGGUGGCUGCUGCGCCCAGUGCCCUGGCGUGCCCCCAGCGAGGGUGCUCUGCGCCAGCCCCUCGACCACUUCGAUCGGCAGGAGGGGCAGGGCUUUAAUCAGAGGUUCUGGAUCAAUGAGGAGUUCUGGCAUCGCCCAGCCGGGCCCGUCUUCCUGUACAUCGGGGGCGAGAGCUCCCUGUCGCAGUUCGCUGUGCUGGCAGGGCACCACAUGGAGCUGGCUCAGAAAUACGGCGCGCUGGCCGUGGCCCUGGAGCAUCGCUUCUACGGCGCCAGCAUCAACCCCGACGGCCUGCAGGACGCCAGCCUCCGGUUCUUGUCCAGCCAGCAGGCGUUCCCCCACCUGGUCUUUGCCGCCGUCGCGUCCUCCGCCCCGGUGCGGGCCCAGCUGGAUUUCACUGGCUACAACCAGGUGGUGGCAGCAAGUCUGUUGGACCCGGUGGUGGGGGGCUCUGCCCAGUGCCGUGAGGCCGUGGCCAAGGCCUUCUCUGCAGUGGACCAGAGGCUGCAUGCCGGGCGGCUGGCCGAGCUGGAGAAGGAUUUCCGCUCCUGCGGGCCCCUGACAGAGCCCGACGACCGCGGGGAGCUCGCCAGCAACCUGGCCGACAUCUUCAUGGGCGCCGUGCAGUACAACGAUGAGGGGUUCCAGGGUGGCACCGUGGCCAAGCUGUGCAGCAUCAUGAACGACACGGGCCUGGGGUCCCCCUACCAGAGACUCAUCACCGUCAAUAAUGGGUUCCUGGAGAGCAUGGCGCUGCCCUGCGUGGAGAACUCACGCCAACGCACCCUGGCCGAGCUGCGCAGUGCCAACCUGACCCUCAGCGGUGUGGGCGAGCGGCAGUGGUACUUCCAGACCUGCACCGAGUUCGGAUACUACCAGACCUGCGAAGACGUCACCUGCCCCUUCUCCCAGCUUCUGACACUGUCGGCCCAGCUCGACGUCUGCUCCCAGGUGUUCGGCAUCAGCCCUGAGCACGUGCGGGAGGCGGUGACCUUCACCAACGAAUACUACGGGGCCGACCACCCCAAGGCCAGCAGGAUCCUCUUUGUGAAUGGCGACAUCGACCCAUGGCAUGCCCUGAGCGUCCUGAAGAACCAGUCACGCUCGGAGCUGGCCAUCCUCAUCAACGGGACCUCCCACUGUGCCAACAUGAACCCCUCCAGGCCCUCCGACCCCCUGCCCCUCGUCUCGGCCCGGCAGCGGAUCGACUACCACAUUGGUGACUGGUUGAGCUUGGCAAGGAAGGCGCCUUCAGCCCUCUGAGUCUCCGGGCGUGAGGCCGUUCGCCCUCUGACGCUGUGCAGACUUCGCCCGCGGAGGGCCGCAGCGAGAUCUUCCUUCCAGCAGAGAUUUACUUUGAUUGCCAGCUCGUCGGGGCAGGGGCCAGCUUUCUGCUCGGCAUUCGUCCAGCAACCAGCGCAGCGGCUCCGCAAUGGGGGCUCCCAGCUGCUGCUGCGACACACAACAAAUCAUGAUCCACAGGACCAAGCGGGGGCUGAGAAAUCUGCUGCGCUGGGGCCAGGCAAACCCCUGGGGAUUUUCUGGGGACAGCUUCAUCCCCCUGCUGUGUUGGUUUGGGUCCUUUCAUUCCUUUAUCCAAUGAAAGAUGGUUUUUUUAGAUGUUCUGUGAAGCCGUCAGCUCCUUCACGGCAGUGACCGAGGCGAAUGAAGCAGGAUCAGCCUGUU